AGUGCAAAAACAGGCUUUCCUGGAGAAUAAGCAAUCAAAAACUCUUCAAUAAUCCUGAAAAGGGUGAAGAAGAGGACAACAAACUCAACGAAUCGGAGACCGAAAUAUCGGGAAAUGGACGUGAUUAAAACACAGCAAGCAUCGGUUAGACCAGUCGAGAAGGUUAUAGUUCAUCCACUAGUUCUUCUGAGCAUCGUCGAUAACUACAACAGAGUCGCUAAAGAUACUCGCAAACGUGUCGUCGGCGUUCUUCUCGGCUCGUCUUUUAAAGGAACCGUUGAUGUCACUAACAGCUACGCAGUGCCGUUCGAAGAAGAUGACAAGGACCCAAGCAUUUGGUUUCUUGACCACAAUUAUCAUGAAUCAAUGUUUUCUAUGUUCAAGAGAAUAAAUGCAAAGGAGCAUGUUGUGGGAUGGUAUAGCACUGGCCCAAAAUUGCGGGAAAAUGACCUGGAUAUUCAUGGCUUAUUUAAUAACUAUGUGCCUAAUCCUGUCUUAGUCAUAAUUGAUGUCCAACCAAAGGAGCUAGGAAUACCUACAAAAGCUUAUUAUGCCAUCGAAGAGGUGAAAGAGAAUGCUACUCAGAAAAGCCAGAGGGUGUUUGUGCAUGUACCUUCAGAAAUUGCAGCUCAUGAAGUUGAGGAAAUUGGUGUUGAACACUUGCUUAGAGAUGUGAAGGAUACAACUAUUAGCACUCUUGCAACAGAGGUGACUGGUAAACUUACAGCUUUGAAGGGGCUGGAUGCCCGACUUCGUGAGAUACGGAGUUAUCUUGACCUUGUUAUUGAUGAGAAGCUCCCACUAAAUCAUGAGAUUUUGUAUCAUUUACAGAAUGUAUUCAACCUUCUUCCAAACCUUAAUGUCAACGAGUUGAUCAAGGCUUUUGCAGUGAAAACAAAUGAUAUGAUGCUAGUGAUUUAUCUUUCUUCUCUUAUAAGAAGUGUCAUUGCUCUACACAACUUGAUCAAUAACAAGAUGCUCAACAAAGAACAUGAGAAAGCAGAAGACUCAAAGCCAGUUGCUGUGCCUUCUGCAGCUGGAAGUUAAACUUGGGAAUUAUAUGCGGUGAGCGUCUGAUGAUGAAUUCCAGUCAUUGUGUUCCAGUUCUCUAAACCUUUGAAAAUCGCGAGUUCUGCAAAGAAGAGGUUGGCUGGUAUUUACAGAAUAGGGAGGUUGGCUGGUAUUUACAGAAUAGUUGUUCCAACGUCCAAUCUGUGUUUGUUAUGAUUUAAUGGUAAUACGUCACAUUUUUAAUUCAUAUGUCCAGAAUAUUGGUCUUUUGACUGUUAAAGCCAACUCAGUUCAGCUCAUUCUUUCCCCUUGGAAUAUUAGUGUGGCAAUUUUCAAAUGUCUUUUUACAUCUA